GCUACUAGCGGCCAGUGUGGGUACUUCUACAAAUAGUACUGGGUGCUAGGUACUACUACUACUACUACUGAUUACUACCGUGCUCGUGCUCGUCAGUGAUGGCGUUGUCAAACCACAGUUGUCCAACUCGAUCGAGUAGACCGUGCACCGGUUCCGACGGACAAUGGGCGGUUGCCGUAGCGCAGUGUUUGCCCCAGCGUGCCAGGCACGAACAGCUUAACCACCACCACCUCCGAAAACACCAUCAUCAGCAACCAUCAACAACCACAACAACAACAGGGCCACUCACGACGGCAAUGGCCACAACACUCAACAGCACAGCCACCACCGCCACCACCGCCACCGCCACAAGCCGUCGGGGGCCACGGUGGCGACCGUGGCGCUUGGCCAUCGUUCCGCUCCCGCUCGUACUGCUGCUGCUCCUGCUGUUGGCGUGGCCGGGUGUGACCACCGGUGCACCGGUCACCAAGGAUACCACGGAGGUGAAGAUGUUGGAGAACUUCCUCAAACGGAACAGCAACGACUGGCUGAGCCCGUGCACCGUCCCGUCCCAGCCGACCAACGUGGAAGCGACGCUCGAGCAGCAGCAGCAGCAGCCCCAGAACAACACCGACACCUCGGACGUCCGGCGCAAGAUCGUCGUCGCGAUGAUGGAGAACACGCAGCUCGCGCUGGUCACCAUCAGCCAGUUCGCGAGCGAUCUGAACAGCACCGGCUGGAACACGGCGGAACGCCAGCAGGUGUACAGCUUCCUGCGGCCAUUCGUGUCUAACGAGACGACGUGGGAGCGGCGGCUAUCCGUCUACUGGGCCUUCCUGGCGUUCAUCGUGAACGUGUGCGAGACGCACAGCAGCGUGGUCCGGAUCACGCCCGGCAUGCUGGAGGAUAUGCGCGCGCUCCGGAACUACAUCAAGGACAUCCUGUGCCAGCUGCGGGAGUACAAGAGCUUUGCCGGCUUCCACAGCCAGCCGAUCCAGGCGGCGCGCAUGAGCAAGCUGAUCCAGUUCGACGAGGUCGACCUGAACAACAUCCACGUGGUCCGCUGGUUCGUCCUGUGCCGGCUCAACUGCUACCUCAACAGCUCCUACCUGCACCUGAAGCACCUCAGCGAAAGCACCGGCAGCGAUCCGCGGGCGAUCCAGCAGGAGAAGAAGAUCGGCAAAAACUGCCAACUGUGCCCGUACCUGGCGCGGAAACCGGGCGCACCGGCCACGGUGCCCCACCAGGCGACGCGGAAGCAGCAGCGAAAGCAGAAGGACCGCAAGAAGGACCCACUUGGCGUCACCGGUAACAACAACAACAAGGACCUGCAGCAGCAGCAGCAGCAGCAACCGUCCCGGACGAAGCCGAAAAACAAGGCACAGAGUGGAGCCGGAAAGAAGGCCACCAACCAAGCGGGUGGCAAACGGCGCAAGGGGGUGAAACAGGGCAAGAAGCAGAAGCAGCAGCAGCAACAGGGUGCGCUGGCAGCAGUGGAAACCCACGCGACAGUGAACCAACGCGUGAAAGCCAAGACCAACCGGAAACGGAAGAACCAUCAGAACCAGGGACAGGGACAGGGGCAGCAGCAGCAGCGGCAUGCGGGUGGUGGUGCGGGUAAGCGACCGAACCGGGUGCAGGAUUAAAGUAUUGGCCAGCCAGUGUGCCAGUUUGUGUCUCUCUAGUAGCUCCAGUCAGCAUUCCGUGGAUUCCGUGCAGGAGAAGGAGAAGGUAGGCCAGGAAGAGUGGUCGGCAGAGGGGCAGGUAGCUAUCGCGUAAGGCUAUUUAUAUAUAUAUCUAUCUAUCUAUAUCAUAUUUAUUGAUCGCAAGUUCGUGGCCCACGCUCUGGGGCGUCUUGGGCUACUCGAGCCCAACGCCUCCAGGACUCCCAGGUGCGCGUGUCCGGCCGGAACGGGGGCCAGCGAGCGCGGCGAUGUUCCUAGGACAGCCUAGGACAGUUGACAGCAAGCAGCAAUGACAGCUAGUUAUUUAUAGAGCCCUGCGCGCCCUGAGUAGCUUACGCAAGGAUUCGUCUUAUAUAUAUAUAUUUAUAUAUCUAUAUCUAGGGAGGAUAGGGAGAAGGAGGAGUUGGUCGAUUCCCGACUUUUAUUCCCUGCCCGUGUGGUGUGGCCUAUGGUCCACGCCAUCGGGCCAGUCUUGCCGGCUGUCGGCCCCGAGCUGGCCGAGCAUUUUCCUAAUUAGUCUGUAGGUUCAGUGUAGCCAGAGCGCCAUCGAGGGAUUGGUAGCGCGAACCGAUCCGAGGCAGGCAGCGUGUGCCUGAGUGUCCGGACCGCUGAGUCGCUUCCUCUUAUUUAUUGCCUUAGCCCCAACCCCGGUGGGGGGUGGGGAAGGGGUGUUGCCGCGGCCACACAGACAGGCUAGUACUAGCAGCAGCAGGAGCAGGUGCAGGUGCAGCGGCAACACCCAUACUGCGGCCUAUCCGCAUUAUUCUAGUGUAAAAAAAAAUUAUCGUAUUGUUCCUAUGUACAAAACGGCUUAUACUUACUAAUUUUAUUGGAAGAAGAAGAGGAAGAGGAAGCAGUAGAAGAAGAAGAAG